AUGGUCUGUGAGCAUCAGCCCGCUCUACUCUGGGCCGCCGAACACCAGCAUUGGACCGAACACCACCACCACUCAGCUGGACAUGGGUCGGGUGCUAAGCAGCACCAAGGGCCCGAUAAGCACCACCAGAAGCCGGUGGAGCAUUAUCAGGGACCGGGUGAGCACUCAUCAGCUGGCGACGGACUGGUGGUGGCUAGCCACGGCCUAGUGCAUGAGCACUUCCGGUGCCGCUGUCCGCGAAGUCUUCCCGUUUUUGACCAAGACACUCUGCAGUGCCGGAGGCACGACGCGUGUCUGGACGCGAACCCGUGUGACCCGACGACCAGUUUCUGCGUGUCUUCGGACGAGGGCGCGACGGCAGAUUGUCUUUGUCACCAGGGCUUCGAGUGGGAUGAGCGACGGGGGCAAUGCGUAGACGUGGACGAGUGUGCGCGAGGUACACACAAAUGCCCGGCGUUAAUCAGCACCUGUGUUAACAGCCCGGGCGGCUACGAGUGCGAGUGCAGCCGCCUUUACGGCUUUGCCAACCAGUUACCCGUUCACAAUCGUGCGUGUGUGAACUUCAACGAGUGUGUCGAAAUCCCGCACGUCUGCGGCCACUUGCCCUGCUGCAAAGAUUUACAACCUUCCACCAACCCUAUCCUGCCACAUUCCGGCUAUGAGUGUAGCGACUUCGAUAACUUCGUCUCUGACCAACCACCCGAAGAGAUCAUAGUCAGCGCUAAAGACCUCCCGCCGCCCUUCGGCUUGCCACCCUUCGGCUUGCCGUCCUUCGGUUUACCCGAACCGUGGCCAGCACCCUCCUCCGGCAACCUGGGGUCGCUUUACGGCGGCCUGCCCUCAUACAGCGAGCUGCCCUCCUAUGUCGGGGCGCCUUCCUACGUCGGCCUGCCUGCGCAGGAGUCGUUCACAUACCGCGAUGUCUACCACGACGACGGGUACAGCGACCCCGCCUACAGCCACGUGUCUGUGCCCCGUCAGGUGGAGCCGUAUCAAGACGAGCCGUAUAAAGUCGAGCCGUAUCAAGUCGAGCCGCAUCUGGGCGAGGGCUACAAGGUGGCCGGCAGGCGUCUGGGUGUGAGUAGCCUGCUGGUUGGCCGGGGCCCAUUGCCCAAGUUCAAUGUGUCCUCGAUGGCAAGAGGAAACCAGCGAGAACUAGCAAGGGCCAAGAAUUUGAAGAAGCAGGCGGAAGCUUCUAAAGCGCACAGCACUCUCAAGGAGAAGGACAAAGCUAUGACCAUAUUGUGCAAAGUCUGCCGCCAAGCAUUUAUGUGCACGAGUACCAAGCAGAUUCUGACCCAGCACGUGGACGCCAAGCACCCGAAAAAUCAAUAUAGUGAUUGCUUCGACGAGCUUAAAUAA